UCCUACUGUUCGUGAAUGACCUCUGGCUGCAUAUCAGCUCUCCGAUUCUCCUCUACGCUGACGACGUCAAACUAUGGAGGGCAGUAACUUGCGAAACGGAAUCCAGUGCAAUACAGAACGAUCUUAAAACAUUAGAGGAAUAAGCAAAAAUAACGAACUGGCAUUUAACCUGGGUAGACGCACGUUCAUGUUUUCCCUCACUCCUGAUCCACAGAAAGUAUCCUACUUUCUCUGUGGUUCAAAUUUAUCUCAUACCGCAACAGAAAAAGAGCUGGGUUUAAUAGCGAUGGGUAAACUGGACACCAGUUCCAAUUACCCAGGAGAUACCUCAAAAGCAUACGGUGUACUAUACUCCGCGUCCAGACAACUAAGUGCCCUCACACCAGAGCUCUUUUUGAAGCUCUACAAGACUUACAUACGACCCCACUUGGAGGUCAAUAACGUCUUCGCUCCACCACAACUGAAAAGAGGCAUGAACCCACUGGACAAAGUUCAGAGGCGAGUCACAAAAGGGGUUGUUGGGAUGCAACAAAAACUAUAUGAGGAUCAACUGAAAGACCUAGGCCUAUACUCUGUUAGUUUCAGAAGGUUACGAGGUGACUUGAUAAUGGAUUACAAAAUACUGAAUAACCCAAGUCACCCGAAUAGAGGAAUACUACCGAGUGGCCACUAUGGUAAUUUUCUUGGAAGCCCUAAGAGAAUUGCCCACCAAAGAUCAAAAACUCAUGUGUGUUCACACUUCUUCCUCCUUCGAGUCUGCGGGCACUGGAAUGCAUUACCAACAGAGGUAGUCUCCACACCAUCUGUUGAAAGUUUCGAGAAAGGGCUAGACAGUCACUCAGAGACCCACAGUCUACCCAAAUGUAGCCGGAAUACGAACUAAACAGAAGAAAUCAAAUGCUGUCACGCCACUCCAAUUAUGUUACAUCUACACCACUUUUCUUUCUUCUGUAACUAUUUGAGCCCUUUUCAU